AUGGGCCGGUACACCGUGCUCAUCUGCGUACUCUGCGAGCUAAUCGUCCUCCUCCAGGCCGGCAACCUGAUGUUCAUGGUGUUUGGGGGUGCCCCGCCCACCCUGAUUGGAUGUCGUAAUCGAAACGACACCGGCUGGCUCCAUCCCCAUCAUUUGUGCGAUCUAUACCAUCAGGGAACAUGCGACCCGAUCGUCGAGUAUCAAUUCUUGUCGGUGAAUGUUGAGUUCGCUCAGCUGUGCGGCGAGGGGAAGCGGAUCAAGGACAGCACAUCUUACCAAAUGAUUGGAUACAUGGUCGGCGCGCUGGUGUUCGGCCAGGUGUCCGACACGUUCGGCCGAAAAUGGCCGAUGCUUGUCUGCGUGGCUAUGACGGGAGUGCUUGGCUGGGUGUCGAGCUUUGCCGGCUCGCUGCACAUGUUCACGCUUUGGCGCACGCUGCUCUCCUUCUUCAACACUGGCCAUAUUGUAAUCGUAAUGGUGUACAUGUGCGAAAAGUUCCCGCGGCACCACCGUAUGUGGCUGAACUUUGUCUUCUCGUGGUCGCCGAACCUCAUGUUCGCCUCGAUUAUCGCCUAUUAUUCACAGGACUGGCGCACCUUCUCGCGAGCACUCAACACAUUGGCCUUUGUCGCUACCGUACUUUUAUGGUUCUGCGAGGAGUCAAUCUACUGGCUGGUGCGAAAGGGGCGUGUCGAAGAAGCGGAAAAGGCCAUGAAACGCAUCCACCGCAUUAAUGGUGACGAACUAGACGAUAAGGCGCUGCAGUUGGUGUUGCAGAAUGAAAAAAGGAAUUAUGAGGAGACCAAAUCGACGGGCCACUACUUCUUCCACCAUCUCUUCUGCACCUGGCGCCUCCUCGGCUAUUCGCUGACGAUGAUUUUGUCAUAUUUCGCCGUCUCGAUCAUCAACUACGGUAUCAUGUUCAACAUGGAGCAUCUCGAGGGCUCCAUCUUUUUCAAUACCAUUUUCAUCGGAGCCUUCCGAUAUUUGCUGAACGUCAUCUCAGCCGCCGCCGAUUACAAUUUCCCGGCCGUCGGCAGAAAGACUGCCCACAUGUUCUUCUCCGGCUACACGGUCAUCGCCAUUGCAAUCGCUGUUGCAAUCGAAACUUUUGAAUGGACGUCAUUAAACAGCCUGACGCGAUACCUGGUGAUGUCGGCUGGGUCGAUGGUAGCUCAAAUUUACGUCGUCAAUGGGGUCACAUGCUCGGAGAUCUAUCCGACGGCCGUCCGAAAUAUCGCCUACGCGACGACGCAAAUCAGUGGCUCGAUCGGGUCGAUUCUCGGGCCGCAGCUCUUCCAUUUGUCGGCCAUUUUCGCUCUACUGCCAUACAUUGUGAUGCUUUCACUGCAAGUUGGGGAGACGUGCUGCAUUACCGUCUUCGUGCCCGAAUCCAAGGGCAGACCGAUGGCCGACGCGAUGCCCGAACCGUACGAGCGAUUCAGCCUGUGCCAACCAAAAGUCGACGGUAGCGACGCGGCCCCGCGGAAAGUGGCCCCAACCGACGAGGAGCGGGUA